AUGAUGGAUUUUGCAGAUGCGAUUGCAGAUUGUCAGCUUUUUGAUUCUGGCUUCGAUGGUCCUAAUUUUACUUGGACACGAAACGGGGUCUGGGAGAGGUUGGAUAGAGUUUUGCUUGGGGAGCAUUGGACGACAGUUUUUGCAGCUACCCGGGUCACUCAUCUGCCUAGGAUCUCCUCAGAUCACGCCCCCCUCCUGGUCAGGUGUCAGACCUCUUUACAGAUUCCGAGGCCGUCUUUCAGGUUUCAGAACAUGUGGACCCGGCAUCAUACUUUCACGGAGGAGAUUGCCAGGGCAUGGGAGGCAGACACGGGGUUCUUUGGUAUGAUUAAUCUUCAGUUCAAGCUCAAUCGAGUUAAAGGUCUCCUCAAGAGAUGGAACAGAGACGUCUUCGGGAACAUCUUUGAGAGGUUGAGAGAGGCAGAGGGGGCGGUCACCUUGGCCCAGGCGGCAUUUGAUGGGGAUCCCACACCCACGCACAGGGCUGAGCUCAAUAGGUGCAUCGCAGAGUAUGUCCUCCGCACUAGGAUGGAAGAGGAUUUUUGGAAGCAGAAAGCUGCCAUUCGAUGGGCGACAGAGGGCGAGCGGAAUUCCAAGUUCUUUCAUGGGUGGGUCCGACAGAAGAGGGUAAAGUCCAGGAUUCACGUGAUUCAGGCAGGCGGCCAAAGCCUCACCUCAGAGGAGGAGAUCAGACAGUCGGCGGUUGGGUUCUUUCAGCAGCUCCUCACGUCAGACAUCGAGCAGCUGGGACAGCCCGAUCUUGACAUCCUGCACAACUUGCCGGAUUCAGUGGACCGCCAGGGUCUUUGCGUAGUGCCAGAUUCAGAUGAGGUCAGAGCAGCAGUUUUUGGCAUCAGUGGAGACAGUGCUUCAGGUCCGGAUGGCUUCUCGUCCCUGUUCUUCCAGCAUUGUUGGGACAUUGUGGGUGCAGAUGUGGCGCUGCUGUUGCCUCUUGUGCUGGCGCCGAACCAGAGUGGUUUCGUGAAGGGUCGCUUGCUUUGUGAUAAUGUUCUUUUGGCUAAGGAGAUGAUUCAUGACAUCGGCAGGAAGAUCCUCAAGAGGGCCCCAUCGCCUAAUCUAGCACUUAAGCUGGACAUGGCAAAGGCUUAUGAUAGAGUGCAGUGGCCUUUUCUCCUCAUGGUGCUUGAGAGGAUGGGAUUCCCGUCGGGAUGGGUGAGUAUGAUCAGACGGUGCAUCUCCUCGUGCUGGUUCUUGGUUCUGGUGAAUGGUUCCCCUGCGGGCUUCUUCCAGUCGACGCGGGGCCUUCGCCAGGGAGAUCCUCUCUCCCCAUCUCUCUUCGUUCUCGCAGCAGACUACCUGUCUAGGAGCUUGGACAGGCUGGUUGAUUCCCAUCCGGACAUGGCGUACAGAGCUGUUAGAUCAUCGCCCACUAUCUCCCACCUCUCCUAUGCCGACGACAUCAUCAUCUUCACCAGGGCGCAUAGGGAGGCGGUUGAGAGACUCGCGCACUGCCUUGACCACUAUUCGGCAGUGUCUGGUCAGAUGGUGAACCGGGGAAAGAGUCACUUCUUCUUGCACCCGAGGUUUGAAUCAUGGGCAGAUACGGUGGCGGAGGUCGGAGGCUUUCAGAUGGGCUCGUUCCCUUUCACAUACCUCGGGGUGCCUAUCUAUAAAGGUAACCUGAAGGCUGACUACCUCCUCGACAUCCGACAGAAGAUGGUUGACCGGAUCCACAGCUGGUCCCACAGACACCUCUCUCUUGGGGGUCGUCUUGCUCUGAUCAAGAGCACCCCGAUGACUAUCCCGCUCCGCUCCACAUCCUUCAGGUCAUGGAGCCCUAUGGGUACUGGUUGA